UCUCAGGGCCAACGCGGAAGUGCCCUCUUGGGACGUCAUCGCAAUGGUCUCGUGACUCUGCUUGUCAGCUGUUGGCAUCCUGCACACUCUUGCCUAUGUUUGGUAGUCGUUGUUGCAAACUUUGAAAAUAAUUCCAGUUGAAUGAAGAUGCUGUCCCGUUUGCUGAAGGAGCACCAGGCGAAGCAAAACGAGCGGAAGGAACUGCAGGAACGACGUAGACGUGAAGCUAUUUCUGCAGCCACCUGCCUUACGGAAGCUCUGGUGGACCAUCUCAACGUCGGCGUGGCCCAGGCGUAUGUCAACCAGCGCAAGCUCGAUCAUGAGGUGAAAACACUCCAGGUGCAGGCCGGUCAGUUUUCCAAACAGACUGCACAGUGGAUCAGCAUGGUGGAAGGCUUCAAUCAGGCCCUGAAGGAAAUUGGCGAUGUGGAGAACUGGGCCCGCAGCAUCGAGAUGGACAUGAGGACCAUCGCCACAGCUCUGGAGUACGUACACAAGGGUCAUCUUCAGUCAGCUCCCUCAUAGGUGCUUCCACAGAGGUGUAGGGAUGCGACGAAGAACCAUAAAACAACAAAACAUGACAGAUGUGUCAUGCAAAAAAAAAAAAAAAGUCUUUUUUUUAUCAUAAAAUGUGAAGCCUGGCGGCUUACUUUGAGAUUUUUGUAGCAAUACAAAAUCUGUCAGCUCACAAGGAUGUUGUCUUAUUUAUAAAGUUGCACGACUGAAACGCCAGGUGAUUGAUUUCCAUCAGAGCGUAAAGAGGAAGAAUAUGUUUGUCCAUUUUUGUAAAACAGCUUCAUCUCUGGUAUGUCAGUAUCAAUGUGUAUUAACUGUGUACAAUACGUGUUGAGUUAGAUUUUUUUUUUAAA